GUCUUUUGUAUGCUUGGCCUUUGAGACUGUACAGUGACUGUGAAGACUGAAGGCUGAAGUGCUCGCAUUUUGACUUUGGGUUAGCUACACUUCUUGGCGGAGCCUUUUGUUUAGUCUCUAAUCUUCCUCCCGGAGCAUAGGCAUUAGGUGUUGGAGCACUAUAUGGGUAUCUUCUAGAUAGGCUGAGAGCUUUUUAUAUUUUCUGGUCGGCCGUUGUGAGAGGCAACGAUGGGCCAGUCAGGUUCAUCGGCAGCGAAACGCGGUGGACUUUCUGACAAAGAGGCUGUUCGAGACUUCUUGGUUCAGGCGAAGGAAGACUUUCAGAAGAAAUGGGACUCACCAGCGAAGAACACUGCUCAUCUGGAUGACUUUGACCGUCUGAAGACUCUCGGAACAGGUUCCUUUGGGCGAGUGAUGCUCGUCCAACAUAAGAAGAAUAAACAGUAUUUCGCUAUGAAGAUCCUGGAGAAGCAGAAGGUUGUCAAGCUGAAGCAGGUUGAUCACACUAACAAUGAGAAACGUAUUUUGCAGUCAAUCGAGUUCCCGUUCUUUGUCAACCUUGCAUACACGUUCAAGGACAAUUCCUAUCUGUACAUGGUGCUUGGUUAUGUGUCUGGUGGUGAGAUGUUCUCUCACUUACGUCGCAUCGGCCGCUUCAGCGAAUCACAUUCUCGAUUCUACGCUGCUCAAAUCGUCCUUGGCUUUGAGUACCUGCACUCACUUGAGAUUGUGUACAGAGAUUUGAAACCAGAGAACAUUCUCAUUGAUGAGAAAGGGUACCUCAAAGUGACUGACUUCGGCUUCGCAAAGAAGAUCAAGGGAAGAACGUGGACGUUGUGUGGCACGCCCGAGUACUUAGCACCUGAGAUUAUCUUGAGCAAGGGCUACAACAAGGCUGUAGACUGGUGGGCGACAGGCGUGCUUAUCUAUGAAAUGGCCGCUGGGUAUCCGCCAUUCUUCGCGGAUCAACCCAUCCAAAUCUACGAGAAGAUCGUCAGCGGAAAGGUGCGGUUCCCGUCACAUUUCACGCAGGACAUUAGAGAACUGCUGCGCAACCUUCUUCAAGUAGACAUCACGAAACGAUGGGGUAAUUUGAAGAAUGGCGUCAGUGAUAUCAAGGACUGCAAGUGGUUCACUGGUGCACCCACCGACUGGAUUGCAAUCUUCCAGAAGAAGAUCGAUGCACCUUUCAUCCCGAAGACAAAGGGAGCUGGCGACUGCAGUAACUUCGACGAUUAUGAUGAGGAGCCUCUGCGGAUUUCCGGCACAGAGAAGUUUGCAGCUGAGUUUGCUGAGUUUUGAUUUGGCGGGUGAUGGGUGAUGUUGUUGUAGAGUAUGUUAGAUGUUUGGAUUUUGGCUUAGGCAUUGCUGCACAUAACGGAACUGACUGACCGAUUCCUUUGCGGUGAUUUUGCUUGUCACCUCCGAACUUUCGCUUCUUUUUAUGUUGAGAGUGCUCUCGGUUAGUUGUUGGUCUAUGUACCAAUUUGUAUCUCUUGUGUAGGUGUCCUCGUAAUUUCAUGGAAACUUGUAAUCGUGCUCGUUUGCACUCAUUGUAUACAUCACAUGUACGCACAUCUUGUGAAUGUUGCGUAAUAUGUUUCAUCUGCACACGUGCUGCAUAGCAUGCCACUCAUAGGAUGACUGUGUCACAUGAUAGUGUUGGUUUCACUAGUAGACAGGGAGUCUAACUCCUUUUUUUUGUUUUUGUUUUGAUACUUCCCUCAUGCCUCUUCUGUCUUUGCUCUUUCUUUCUUUUUUUUCUUUUUUCCCCGCGUCUGAUCGGCUUGUUAUCAUCGUCUCUUGGCUACCUGUUGCUUGUCCAGUCACAUUAGAGCUCAUCAAACGGGCAGAAUGGCGAGAAUUCUUUGUUUAACGUUUUCGGUACAUCUUGCUCCGGAUUGCCGUUGUGAAUGGCUCGCCACUUCUCACUGUCCAUUUUCCCCAUUUCAUUAGUAGGAUUCCCGCUGCUGUUGUGCUAGGCCCAACUUAAAAAGCAAACAUGUUCUGUACAAAUUAA